CCUGCCUCUCGGGUGCGGCUUCUUCUCCCUGCCCCGUUGAAGAUCUGGUUCCCUGUCUGCCCGGCGGCCGCCGAACCCGAAGAUGAGUGGCUGUAGCCCAGACAAAGGAGAACCCCCGAAGAGCGCGGCGGCGAGCAAAAUGGAGCUUUCCCGGGAGGAAGUCGAUGGAGCCGAGCGGGACUGGGAGGCGGCGAGGGCUGCCUACGAGAGCCUCACCAGCACCAAGCGACCACGGCCGCCCAAGCCUCAACAUGCCAUCACCAUCGCGGUGUCCUCCCGAGCUCUCUUUGAUAUGGUAGAGGAAAGGAAAAUUUAUGAAGAACAAGGUCUGGAAAAGUAUGUGGAAUAUCAGCAGGCAAACGAGAAUGUCACUCUGAAGCCUGGGCCUGCUUUUGCUUUUGUGAAGGCAGUGGAACAUGUCAAUGCACGACUUCGUGAACUGUAUCCUAAUGAGGAAGAGCUGUUUGAUAUUGUGCUCAUGACUAAUAACCAUGCCCAAGUGGGAGUGAGGCUUAUCAACAGCAUUAACCACUAUGGUCUUCUAAUUGAACGGUUCUGUAUGACUGGAGGAAAGAGUCCUAUCGGGUACCUGAAAGGAUACCUUACCAAUCUGUAUCUUUCGGCUGAUUCUGAAAAAGUCCAGGAAGCCAUAGAAGCAGGAAUUGCUGCUGCCACUUUGUUUUCAGGAAAUAAAAAUGUGCCUUACGAUGAUAAACAACUCCGGGUGGCUUUUGAUGGAGAUGCUGUUCUUUUUUCUGAUGAGUCUGAAAUCAUUGUAAAAGAACAUGGCCUGGAUAGGUUUUUUGAGCAUGAGAAGAUCCAUGAGAAUACCCCUCUGGCACAGGGUCCUUUGAAAUGUUUCCUGGAAGACCUUGGAAGGCUCCAGAAGAAGUUCUACAUGAAGAACGAACGGUUGGACUCGCCAAUCAGGACUUACCUGGUGACUGCCAGGAGUGCUGCCAGUUCUGGAGCCAGAGUGCUGAAGACUCUUCGCAGCUGGGGAGUGCAGAUUGAUGAAGCCCUCUUCCUUGCAGGUGCACCCAAGGGUCCAGUCUUGGCAAAAAUCAGACCUCACAUUUUCUUCGACGAUCAGAUGUUUCACAUCGAAGGAGCACAGCAGCUGGGGACUAUUGCUGCACAUGUACCGUAUGGCAUUGGACAGAAGUACCACAAAUCCAAACUGAAAGAGAGCCCAGCCAAAAAUUAGUUCAAAAAUUAACUUGACCAUAAAUAUGCUGUUAAAUUUAAUAUUCCCACAUGUGGAUUUGUAUCAAGGCUACAUUGAUGUGAUUUAUUUUGGGGGCCACAAUUUAAUAUGGACAUUUUUGUACAAAAAAUAAAAUACUUUAAAUUCUCCAAA